AUGGAUAAGUCAGAAGAAAAUAUCUUGAAAGCACAGAUUUACCAUUAUUUCAAUGAGAAACUGUACACUCAUAUGCUAAACGCAGCAAAAGAAGGUGCAAAUAAGUUCAAAGGAGACGUUUCCCUGCAUCUUUACCAUUCUUUAGCUCUGAUUCUGAUAAAUCGUCUGGAAGAAAGUAUCCACGAUCUCGAAUCAAUCAGGAAUGAAAACGAUGUGAAAUUAGCUGUUACCAUAGCGCUCAUUUACACCCAUAAGAUGCUGGGAGUGGCUAAUAAGGAGCUAUACGUGAAACUAGAUGGGCAAAUGAAAGAGUACCGCAAAUCCUCAGAAGCUGUGGACUUUUAUCACUCUUCUUUCGUUCUUUUGUGCUUGGGAAAACCGGAAAAAGCUCUAGACUAUGCGGAGAAAGCUCUGUACAUGAAAGAGGCUUUCCCAGAGUGUCAGACCCUCAAAGGAUGGAUCUUGAUGCAGCUGAGCAACGGUAAGAAACCGUCUGAAAAUAUCAAAGAUUCAUUCCAAGCUGCUUUGCAACUACAACCGAGUAAUCUGUGGACUAUCAUUGGCCUAUCUCAGUGUUAUUUAUUCCAAAACGAUUUCGCUGAAUCUUUGAGCACGAUAAACAAAGCAGUCGUUAGAUUCAGCGGUACAGUGUUGCCGUUGGUUCAAAAAAUUCGUGUGCAUUUGUCUGCCUUUGAUUGGGACCAAGCCAUGGAGACCAUUCACAGAGUGUCUGCGAUAGAUCCAAACAAUUUAUUCGUGCAGAAAUUGUACAUAGUGAUUCUGUUGUGUCGAUCAGAAAGAGAUAGUGAGACUACAAAGGAGGUGAGACGAUUUUUUGAAAAUCUGGAAUCGAAGGAAUCUGGUAAUAUUCAGCUGAUGAUUGAAAGUGCCCAAUUGUUUAGCAAGAUUUGUGGCAGGAAAGUUGAAGUUUUAUCUGAGGUUUGUAAAACUUUGGAGUCGGCGGUGCAAAACAAUCCGGAAAGUUCUGGUCUUAUUGUGGAGAUUGGCAAUCAGUGCCUGCUAAGAGGAAAGCCAAAAGAAGCUGCGAGGUAUUUCAAAAACGCCACUAAAAUUGAUGAAACAUCCCUAGACGCUUUACUAGGAGUGUCACAAUGUGAAUUAGCAGAAAACGGAACCACACCUCAACUGCGCAACCAAAUCGACUUCCUGUUGGAAAUGAAAGGCGCUCAACAAUCCCCUCUUCUUCAAUACCUACAAGCCAAAGCUUCCACAGACUCAGAGGAGGCUCUGCAACUUCUGACAGCUAUAUGCCAGUCCAAACUGUCGCUGCUCAAAAACUACCCCUACUCUGAUCACUGCCUGUUGAACCUCGAUCCUGAUUUCCUGCUGGAAGUGAUCAAGGAAGCUCUGCAACACAUCUCUCUAGCGAAAACGUCUUGCAGAAGUGCGAUUGAGGUUAUUUUUGAGACGCUUAAUGUCAUAGUGAGAGGUUGUCCAGGGCUGUCGGAAGCCAUGUUUUUGUUGGCCAAGCUUCAGUACGUCAAAGGAGAUAGCACGAGUGCUUUGAACUGUUUGGAGGAGCUCUUGGGACGGGACCUGAACGCUCAGACUGAGGCUCAAUUGCUCUUGGCCCAGAUUCAGGUGCAGCAAGGGUUGUUCGACCGAGCUACUCAAAGUUUGGAGAUGUGUGUCAGCCAAAACUUCAAAGUGCGAGAAAACCCCAUCUACCAUUACAUAACCGGGUUGGUGGACAAAAACAGCUCAAAUUUUCCCGACGCUAUCAGAGCCUUGUCCACAGCGUUAAGUUUGGUGAACAUAAAAUCCGAGGUUAAAUCGAAAGAUGGCGCAGAAAACAGUGUCACUUUGGUGGAGAAGGCUUCCAUUUAUGUGGAGUUGAUUGACACUCUGAAUAUCGUCGGCCAGACUGACGAGGCCGUUAAAGUACUUGAAGAUGCGACUGAAGAGCUGAGAGGUACUCCCGAAGAAGCCAGAAUUCUACUGCUGAGUGCAGACCACUCUCUCAUCAGAAAUAACAUACAGGGUGCCAUUGAUCUUUUGAGCCGCAUAAAACCGACGGAUUCUUGUUACUUGGAAGCGAAAUCGAAGGAAGCGGAGAUUUUACUGAAAUACAGAAAAGACAAAUAUGCCUUCUUGCAAUAUUAUCAAGAUUUCGUCAAAGAAAAUCCUUCCUCGGAGUAUUAUGUGAUGCUUGGUGAUGCCUAUAUGAAAGUUUUGGAACCAGACGAAGCUCUUCAGUGUUACGAAAAGGCAUUGAAAGACAGCCCCAAAGACGCCUUCCUAACCUCAAAAAUGGGCAAAGCCCUAGUGGAAAGUCACUAUUUCUCUCGAGCGGUCACUUAUUACAAGGAAACCAUCGAUUUGACUAAUGACGUUGAACUGAAAUUGCAACUGGCCGAACUUUACAUGAAUCUUAAAGAUUACGAAAAGGGCGAGUUGAUUUUGCUGAACGAAAUGGAAGAGGAGAAACUGCACGAUUUGGAGGAUCUCACUUAUUUGAGAGGCAGAACGAGGCUGUUGAGCCUUUUGGCUCAGAUCCAAGAGAGGUCCGGUAAUGUGACGUACGCUAUGAGGAGCUUGAAGGACGCUUUGAGUACUCAGAACCGGAUCAAAAAAAGAGUUGAGCUAGAAAGUGGGUCAGCAGAAGAAGAGACACAAGUUUUGGUCGAUAUAUGUGUGAAGUUGGGUGAGAUGGCGAUAGUACUGAAAAAUAACGAACAAGCAAUCAGUUUUUACAAGGAAGGCCUACAAGUAUCGCCUGACAAUAAAACUAUCUUAGUAGCGUUGGCAAAAUUGUAUAUGCAAAUCAACUAUUUGGAAUUAUGUCAAAAAACAUGCUCCACUAUAUUGAAAAUCGAUCCGGAUAAUGAAAGUGCAUCUGUUAUGAUGGCAGAUAUAGCUUUCAGGAAGGUCGAUUUUGAUAUGGCGCAUUUCCAUUUCACUCAACUGGUAACCAAACAGCCCUCGAAUUGGCCAGCUCUCAUUCGUCUGAUUGAAAUCCUCCGAAGAACUGGCAACAUCGACGAUUGCCCCGAGUACCUCUCCUUGGCCGAAAAACACUGCGAAAACCCUGCCAAAGAAUUGAAGUUUCUCUAUUGCACCGCCCUGUAUCAGUGGUAUUCUGGCAAUCUGAACGGGGCACUGACGAAUUUCAAUGUUGCUAGACAGGAUGUUGAUUUGGGUCAGCAGGCGAUUUAUAAUAUGAUCGAGAUCUGUUUGAAUCCUGACGAUGAGAUGUCUGCUGACGAGUUUUUGGAUAGCGAGGAUAUCGAGUAUAAGGAUUCGAGGAGUAUGGCUCUUAAAACGGCCGACCGUCUUCUGCGUGAAGUGAAACAAAGAUUGGAUCUGAAUGGGGAGGAAAUCCUCAAAUACAGGCUGUUGACAGAUUUUCGCCUUUUGGCGACCAGGGAAAAGUUCAAUGUAGAACGCGCCUUGGACGAUUUCGUGGCUCUCACAUCAGAAAACGCCUACAAGGAUAACAUCGGCACGAUUUUGGGUAUCGCCACGGCCCACACUUUGCUCAAACAGGGCCAAAGGGCCAAAAACCAGCUGAAGAGGAUAGCAAAGUCAACUUGGACCUUCGAAGAUGCCGAAUACCUGGAAAGGGCUUGGAUACUGCUAGCCGACCACUACAUCCAAUCGUCCAAAUUCGACAUUGCUUCGGAACUGAUAAAUAAAGUAGUUUUGCACAAUAAAGCCUGCGUUAAAGCCUACGAGCUGUUAGGCUUUAUUGCGGAAAAAGAGCAACGGUAUAAAGAUGCCUCGAGUUCUUAUGAAAAAUGCUGGAAAUUGGGUGGGAAAGCGAAUCCUUCGGUUGGUUUCAAGUUGGCGUAUUGUUUGAUGAAAAGAAAAAAAUACCCGGAUGCUAUCAUGGCGGCUCAGGAAGUGUUGAAGUUGAGUCCUGGUUUUCCUAGAGAAAAGUGCUGGAAAUUGGGUGGAAAAGUGAAUCCUUCGGUUGGUUUCAAGUUGGCGUAUUGUCUGAUGAAAAGAAAAAAAUAUUCGGAUGCGAUUAAAAGGCGGCUCAGGAAGUGUUGA